AACGCACAGAGGGUAAUGGUGGAUGGCCGGUAGUUGUAUGUUUAUAUCACACUCCAAGCUAAUAGCACUCUAUAUUUUGAUGCUCUAAACAUACAGUUUUUAUCGUAAUACUCAUUUUUGCCAGAUUGUCUCACCCGUGAACAGUCAAACACACAUUUCUUUUUCACUCGUUUCGUUUUCGUUUAACGUUAGCCUGAAGUCCAUCGAAUAAUUUAAGUCAGCGUUACUCAUCAGAACAGCUUUUCCUGAAUUUGGGAUUAUUCUGGAACACUCUGCUGGAUCAUCAUGUUUGACGAAUGUGUGAUAUAAUUACUCCGCAUUCCCCGUGAGAUGUCUUUGGUUUUUCCGCGACCCAAAACGAGUGUUAUUGGUAAGAAGGACAAGAGACUCAUGGCUGAGGUGAACGCCUCUCCGCUCAAACACUUUGUCACUGCCAAGAAAAAGAUCAACGGUAUCUUUGAACAACUGGCCGCCUAUAUUAAGGAGAGCUCUGCAUUUUUGGAAGAGACCUACAGCAAUGAAGAACUGGAUCCUGUUACAACAGAGGAGCAGGUGGCGGAGGUCCGAGGAUACCUGUUGAAAGUGGCAGGAAUUGCGGAGGUCCUGUCUCGCAGGCACAUGAAGGUGGUCUUCUUUGGCAGGACCAGUAAUGGAAAGAGCUCUGUCAUUAAUGCCAUGCUCUGGGAUAAAGUCUUGCCAUCGGGAAUCGGACACACCACUAACUGCUUCCUGCGAGUGGAGGGUACUGAUGGCAACGAGGCAUUCCUGCUCACCGAAGGAUCAGAUGAAAAAAAGAGUGUUAAGACAGUAAACCAUUUGGCCCAUGCCUUGCAUCAAGAUGAGGAUUUAGACGCAGGCAGUCUGGUGUGUGUCAUGUGGCCAAAAGCAAAGUGUGCCCUUCUGCGAGAUGACUUGGUGCUUGUGGAUAGCCCUGGCAUUGAUGUCACAACAGAGUUGGACAGCUGGAUCGACAAUUUCUGCCUUGAUGCUGAUGUGUUUGUGCUGGUGGCCAACUCAGAAUCCACUUUAAUGCAAACAGAGAAAUCUUUUUUCCAUAAAGUGAAUGAGCGACUCUCUAGCCCCAACAUCUUUGUUCUGAACAACCGCUGGGACGCCUCAGCCAACGAACCAGAGUACAUGGAAGAGGUGAGACGACAACACAUGGACCGCUGCACUAGUUUUUUGGUAGAAGAGCUGCGGGUGGUGGACCGUGCACAGGCCAGUGACCGGAUCUUCUUCGUCUCUGCUAAGGAAGUCUUACAGGCGCGCAUUCAGAAAGCUCAGGGCAUGCCUGAAGCAGGUGGUGCACUGGCGGAAGGUUUCCAAGCGAGAAUGUUUGAGUUUCAGAACUUUGAAAGACGCUUUGAGGAAUGCAUCUCACAGUCAGCAGUGAAGACAAAGUUUGAGCAGCACACAACGAGAGCUAAACAGAUUUCUGAAGCCCUGCGUAAGAUAAUGGACUCUGUGCACGUUGCAGCACAAGAGCAGAGGAUACAUUGUUUAGAGAUGAAGGAAGAGAAAGAGGACAGACUGGAGUUUAUCGAAAAACAGCUGGAUCUGCUCACCCUGGACUGCAAGACCAAAAUUAAGAAGAUAACAGAGGAGGUUGAGAAACAGGUGUCCAAUGCUAUGGCAGAGGAGAUCAGGAGACUGGCUGUGCUUGUGGAUGACUUCCACAUAGAUUUUCAUCCAUCUCCAGUGGUGCUGAAAGUGUAUAAGAACGAGCUUCACAGACACAUAGAGGAUGGUUUGGGCAGGAAUAUGUCAGAAAGAUGUUCCUCUGCUAUAACUUCUGCUCUACAAACCACACAGACUGAUAUGAUUGAUGGUCUGAAGCCCCUAUUGCCCAUUGGGGUUCGAGAGCAGGUGGAUAAGAUGGUUCCCAGGCAAUGUUUUGCCCUUAGCUAUGACCUUAACUGUGACAAACUUUGCAGUGACUUCCAAGAAGAUGUUAGCUUUCACUUCUCUCUGGGCUGGACAAUGCUUGUCAACCGCUUCUUGGGUCCCAAGAACACACGUCGUGCCCUCAUGGGCUACAAUGACCAGGUUCCAAGGCCAUUGGCCAUCACUCCGGUCAGCACCAGUAUGCCUCCUUUCCCUCAGGGCACCAUGACCCAGGAAGAGCUCAUGGUUUCCAUGGUAACAGGACUGGCAUCCCUUACCUCCAGGACAUCAAUGGGUAUUAUUGUCGUUGGCGGAGUGAUCUGGAAGGCUGUGGGCUGGAGACUCAUUGCUCUCUCAGUGGGUUUGUAUGGGCUGCUGUAUGUCUAUGAGAGACUCACUUGGACAACCAGGGCCAAAGAGCGGGCAUUUAAAAGACAGUUUGUGGACUAUGCCUGUGAGAAACUACAGCUUAUCGUCAGUUACACUGGAUCCAACUGCAGCCACCAGGUUCAACAAGAGCUGGCCAGCACCUUUGCUCAGCUGUGUCAGCAGGUGGACGUGACCAGACAGCAGCUGGACAAUGAGAUUCGUGACCUUAACAACAAGAUCGAGCAACUAGACUCCUUGCAGAGUAAAGCCAAGCUGCUCAGAAACAAAGCUGGCUGGCUGGACAGUGAACUGAAUAUGUUCACCCAACAGUAUCUUCAACAGGGCCGAUAGGAAGAUUACUUGGGACCAACACUAUGAGCAGUGUAAAACAGUCUGAUUAUCUUUUAAUAUGUCUUACUGCAAAUAUUGUAACACUAUGCCAUGCCUGGAUAAAUACCAAAUAUAAUUUGUUAUUGCAUAUCUACAAUGUUUUAUUGGUAUUUCUUUCCUGAAAUUUGAAUCCUGACUUUAUAGUGAUGUGCUUUGUUCAUUUUGUUUUUGCACUGAACACUUUAUCAGUUUAGGACAAGAGUAACUACUAUUUAUUGACAUGAGGAUAUGUAACUUGAUCUCCUUUUGUGUUGUGGCUGUACAGAUUUCCAGGCUGAGAUUUCUUGGUAUAUACCAGAAAGUAAAAAAAGUACAAGCAAAAAGUAAGACGACCAUUUUAAAUAGGUUCUAACAUGUCUUGUAGGGUGUUCUGUACAACAAUGAACUAAAGUGGGAUUACUGCUUUAACAGAUUAAUAUAUGUAAAGUUAUUUAAGCUUAAUGUGUUGUCCCCAUUUAAGUCUUUUCAUGUAUUCAGAAAUCUAACUGUGUAAAAUAGUUUUUAAAAUGGCAAGAUCUUAGUUGAACUUGGAAAGCAGGUUAACCUCACCUCGAUUGAAGUUUGUCGGAAUUCAGUGUAAAUACAAGCUCAGUGUUGCUCGAAUACCUGAAAUAGGAGCAAAAAUAAAUAUUAUGUAUUUCCCGAAGUCCUGGUUAGCCUAACUUAUUGUGCAACAAAAAAAAUGAUUGUUUUGAAGAUACACCUUCAUUGUGUAUUUGACGUAUACAUUUUUUUGUGCUUUGUUUGUUUACACCAUAGUAAUACUUAUUGUAUCAAUAGAGGCACUAUAGACGGUUUCAUCUUCAACAUAACCAAACGUUACUGCGCAUGCGCUCUUUUGUGACCACAAAUUAGCUUCCGGUACACAUUCAGAAAGAAUUGAGUGCCUGUAGAUUAUUUCUGAUAACAAUCAAAAGAAACCUAGAAGAACCCUUACUUGGCUAAAUUUAAGUAAGCUUAAUAAACAACAUUGUAACAUUGUUCAAAGCGAAACUUUUUAAAUUAAGCAUAUUUACCUAUAUAACACACAAAAAGUGCUUGAAGUAUUUCUUUUCAAGAGUAUAACCUAUACAUACAUACAGUUGUGAGUUUCAUUAUUUUAAUUAAUAGAGCUUUGAAUGUGUAUGAGCCUUUGUUAACCAAUCAAAUUGUCCCUCACAAAUCUAUGGUCUAUGGGAACGUUUUUGGUCUGGAUUAUGCUUUGCCAACUGUGUCAGAAAAUGAUAUAUGCACUAUAUUUUGCUGCUUGUUUUGCAUACAUUUCCAGCAGGUACAUUAGAUAGGGAAUGGUACAGUGAUUUAUGUAAACUGUAAUGUAUAGAUAAGCAUGCAGAGACUAUUGUAAAAUCAUGUGUUACUCACAAUUGCUGUUAGAUCAGCUAAUAAAGUUCUACAAAAUAC